CCCUCCUCAACUUGUAUUUAUAAGAUUUUGCACUUUAUAUUUUUGUUUCAUUUUAGGCUAUCAGCUCAUUUCCCCAUGGUGCGGUCAAGAUUACCAAGCCUGCCAAGAAGCCUUCUCCGCCAUCCCAAUCUCGGGCGAAUAGCGUAUCUGGAAUCAAGGCUAGCGUGAAGGAACCCAGGCCUCUACCUUUUCCCGUACCAAUGCUUUUAUAUUCGGAACAUCAACUUAACCUCGAUUCUGCUGUGAUGGAGAUCCACGAUGCUGCUACCUUCUACGACUGGUGUCUGCCACCUGACUGGAAAUUCGAUCCGACCACUGCUAGCACAAUUGAGUGGCAAUUGAUGGUGUCAGAUGAUGAGGAUGAUGAUGAUCCAAUCUCUGUUGCAGAGAAUCCAUGUGUAGAGUUCCCUGACGUCCAUAAUGUUUCCUUGAAUCCGGAGCAGUAUGAACUAUGGCUGGAGUUUUAAAAGUCUGUUGAGAACACUCCUACAAUUUAUGGAUUAAGUCUUGGGAGGCUUGAAGAAACGGCAAGUUCAUUCCAGGUUAAUCAUCCUUAUGUGCAAUCAAUUGGUGCCUUCGCUGUCGAUUCCUAUAACAAAGCCUUGGAAAUGCAGCUUGUUAAGGACAAACACAACUACCUCAAACUGGAUGAGGUUAUUACUUGCUACUACCAUAAGAUGUCCUCUGAAUAUUGGUUCCACAUGAUCAUAAAGGCAACCGAAGAAGAGCAUUCUGAUUCCUAUGCAACCAAAGUUCGAGUCUUAACUAAUGACGGCAGGAUAACAUUGUGCAGGUUUUUUCUUCCAGAUCAGGCACGAGAGGGUAAAAGACAAAAGAUACCAUUCUCCGCGACUUAUAAAUGUCUACUAUGCAUAAAUGGCUGGUCUAAUCCCGCAUUGUGCUACCGAGCUACUGGGCUGAUUCGUAGGAAUGCUCGUGAGGGUUAUGACUUUUACAGCCCAUUUGGCAUUGACCGAUUGUGGAUAUGAUUGAUGCAUGUGGGCUUAGAUCACAAAUGCAUGGUACAG